GCCGAGGAGCUCCAAAUGACACUCCACCAUCGCCAUCCCCCAGUCAGGUAUACUCACUUCUUUCCAAGAUGGCUCCUAUUUCGUCCAUAGUCUUAUUGGUCGCUAUGGUACUUGGUGCCGAUGCACUGGGAGGGGUUUAUGGCCCUAGUAACGGAGCAAAUGGUGGAGGUAACGGAAAUAUGAUGUCCAACAUGAUGAAUAUGAAAAAAAAUGAUGAUGAUGACAAUGAUGAACAAAAUAUGCCGGUAGAUUACCCAAUGCCAAACCCUGGGCCUUCAUAUCCAAUGCCCAUGAAACCAAUGAUGCCUGACUACCCAAUGCCAAACCCAGGGCCUAUGAAACCAAUGAUGCCUGACUACCCUAUGCCAAACCCAGGGCCCAUGAAACCAAUGAUGCCUGACUACCCUAUGCCAAACCCAGGGCCCAUGAAACCAAUGAUGCCUGACUACCCUAUGCCAAACCCAGGGCCCAUGAAACCAAUGAUGCCUGACUACCCUAUGCCAAACCCAGGACCUAUAUAUCCUAUGCCAAACCCAGGACCUAUAUAUCCUAUGCCACCGAAACCCAUGCAAA